AUGGCUUCAAGAUUAAUCCAAUCAACUUUUGCUUCUCGUUACGUUCGCAACUCUUUUCCACGAUUUGAGAUGCCUGAGAACUCGAUCCCGAAGGAAGCAGCGUACCAAAUCAUCAAAGACGAGCUAAUGCUCGAUGGUAACCCGAGNCUAAACCUAGCCUCGUUCGUGACCACUUAUAUGGAGCCAGAGUGUGACCAGCUCAUGAUGGAGUCAAUCGACAAGAAUUUUGUUGACAUGCACGAGUACCCUGUUACUACCGAGUUACAUAAUCGAUGUGUCAAUAUCAUUGCGCGUCUUUUCAAUGCGCCGCUCGGUGAAGGCGAGGUCGGGGUUGGUGUUGGUACGGUGGGAUCGUCGGAGGCGAUUAUGUUGGCCGGAUUGGCUUUUAAGAGACUAUGGCAAAAUAAGCGUAAGGCGCAAGGACUUCCUUAUGAUAAACCCAAUAUUGUAACCGGAGCUAAUGUUCAGGUUUGCUGGGAGAAAUUCGCAACGUAUUUCGAGGUGGAGCUUAAGGAAGUGAAGCUAAGAGAAGGGUAUUACGUGAUGGAUCCUCAAAAAGCAGUUGAAUUGGUAGACGAAAACACAAUCUGUGUCGCGGCAAUCCUUGGUUCGACGCUAACCGGAGAAUUCGAAGAUGUUAAGCUCCUUAACGACCUUCUAGUCGAGAAGAACAAGCAAACCGGAUGGGAAACGCCGAUUCACGUGGACGCAGCGAGUGGUGGGUUUAUUGCACCGUUCUUGUAUUCGGAGCUAGAAUGGGAUUUCCGGUUACCUUUGGUUAAGAGCAUAAAUGUGAGUGGUCACAAAUACGGUUUGGUCUACGCCGGUAUAGGUUGGAAUAUCUGGAGAACCAAAUCCGAUUUGCCGGAAGAACUUAUUUUCCAUAUCAAUUAUCUUGGCGCCAAUCAACCCACUUUUACCCUCAACUUCUCCAAAGGUUCAAGUCAAGUGAUUGCUCAAUACUACCAGCUGAUUCGUCUUGGAUUCGAGGGAUAUCGCAACGUGAUGGAUAAUUGUAGAGAAAACAUGAUGUUCUUAAGAGAAGGAUUAGAGAAAACGGGACGUUUUAACAUUGUCUCUAAAGAAAAUGGCGUAUCGUUAGUGGCGUUCUCUCUUAAAGACAGUAGUCGUUACAACGAGUUCGAAGUGGCAAAAAAUGUCCGCCGCUUCGGCUGGAUUAUUCCGGCUUACACAAUGCCCGCGGAUGCAGAACACAUCAUCGUCCUCCGCAUUGUGAUCCGACAAGAUUUUUCUCAUACCUUAGCGGAGAGAUUGGUCUUGGACUUUGAGAAGGUUCUUAACGAGCUCGAUAAGUUUCCGGUAAGGAUUCAUGCCAAGAUUUCCGACGAAAAAGUUUAG